GGGCGGGAGCGGCCUCGCGGUGAGUUUGGGCGCGUGGGGUUGCAUUGCGUGCUGCGCCGCGUUCGCAGCUCCGCGCUUGGAAUCGUGCGUGCGGCCGGGAGCGCGAUCGGUCGCGCUCUGAGCGCGCGUGCGGCUAGGGGCGCGUUGCACGCCGCUUUCAGCCGUGCGCCCGGCGUGCUGCAGCUGGGAGCGUGUUCGGCUGCACAGAACGCGUGCGGCUGCAGCUGGGUGUGCGGCGCGUGUGUGUUCGGUGCGCAAACAGCGUCUGGCAUCAGGGGCUGGGCAUGCAUUAAAUCAUGCUUUGAAUAGGUGUGCUAUGAGGAGCUGGGCGUGCAUUACUCCUAAUGUGCAUGCAACAUGCGUGCUAGGAUUCCAUUAAACCAUGCAUGCAGUUUUGCAGCUGCGUAUGCAGUGCACGUGCAUUCAGUGCACACGCAAUGUGCAUAAUGCAAAGAUAUGCAUUAAGCCGAUCUGUAAAUGUGCAUAGCAUGGUGCAUCUUGGCUAGGCUUGCAUGAAAUCACACACAACAUGCUGCACCCGUGGCUGUGCCCACCCCAAGUUGCACUAAAUGCACACACUGUGCUGCAUCUGGGAUUUGGCAUCCUUGUGAAUUAUGUGCAUUGAGCUCUUGGUGUUUGAGGCUAAGCUUGCAUUAAAUGGUGCACUAAAUCUGUAGACAGCGGGCUGGCUAUGUAUUAAAUAGAACACUGGAUGUGCAUAUAACUGUUGCACCUAAAGCUAAGGAUGCAUUCAGUUGUGCAUUAAAUAGCAACACUGGAUGUGCAUAUAACAUGCUGCAUGUGCAGGCAAACAUUUCAUAAUUACUUUGUUGAAUAAUUGGUUUAAUCUCCAUGUAGCAUAUUGUAUUUGGAACUGGGCAGGCAUUAAAUUGUGCAUGAGGUAGUGCACUAAGUGUGCAUGCAGUAUGCUGUACUUGAUCUUGUGCAUGCAUUAAGCAGUGCAUUAAGUAAAUGCAUGGCAUGCUGAACCCAAGGACCCUAGAAAGGAGAGAACACAAUGCCAAAAGGAACAACUGCAGGACACAGCCACCUACCUGGCUGCAGCUUUGGCUGAGCAAAACUAAAGCCAUGCUGAAGUUGCUUUGCAUCCCUGUGGCAGCCCACUCUGUGUGCGGUGGAAGAUGCUCAGGGCUCAGUGCGAGCUCCUGCAGCCCUCUACUUGGGGGACCUGGGCACAGGAGGAGUUUUGGGAUGCUGUUACCCGGUUCUGGUUCAAGAAUUGGGUAGCAGGAGCUCAGAUCUGCUUUUGCAGAGCCCUUGGUGUUUGUGUGAGAUGCUGCCAAGCGCUGGGGUGUACUACUUCCCAUGGGAAAUCAACAGCUCCAUCCCAGAAGGGGAAGCACUGAGGACAUUUGGCAGGCUAAGCUGCUAUGACCUGGCCCGAUCCGAAGCCAUUCUCAGCUCUCAGCAUGGCUCAGCCCAGCACCACGUCCACAUCGACACCACACUGGUGGAACCAUUUGAAGCCCAGCUGGGAUCUCUCUACAUGGUCCUGGGAGAGGCUGAACACAGGGAAGGUGAGAGUCCUGUGAUAAAAGCCCGAAUAUUGACCUGUGUGGAAGGGAUGAACAUGCCUCUGCUGGAACAAGCCAUCCAGGAGCAGAGGAAGUAUUUCCAGGAGAGGCAGCAGCAGAUGGAAUCUGGCACAUCCUGACAGCAGCUCUGACCCCAGAUCUGUGCUGGUCCCCACCACGGCCAUCUGGCAGCUGCCAUCUGUGGAAAACAUUUGGAAAGUGUAUUUAGAAGGUGGGUUUAAAACAUUGCUGCUUUUUGCCAGGGCAAAGAGAGAAGUCACUACAUAGGGAAGUACAUGAAGAUUGAACCAGUACGUAAAUGUGGAGCUGCCAGUUUGUGCCAGCUGUCACCAUGGAAAAUGACUCUGGGAAGCAAAUUUGUUGUUUAAGAGGGUGGUUAAGGAAAAAGAGAGCAUGAGUUACAGCAGUUCUUUUGUAAUGCAGGGCUUGGAGAGGUCAGUAAAAGGCAAAGUCUCUGAAUCUGUAGUUAAACAUCUGCACACAUCCGCAUAUGGUGCCAACAUGCUGCAAAUGAGAGGUAAAGGGCAGUAGUGCAAAGUUUGUUAGCCCGGCAUGGCUAUGGGUCCAUGAGUGCAUGUGUUGGGUUGUGGUGACUCAGCUGCCACACAGAAGCAUUCUUGGAAAAACACUCAGCUCUGGACUGAACAACAAAGGAACAAAAAGAGCAAGGAGCCUCUACUUUACUAGACCCUCUUAGAGGGUUCAGGAGCCUGUAUCCAAGGUCCAUGGUGGACUUUAGAUCUACAUUAAAUAUUUGCACUGCCCUGACAACUGUCACUUGACUUUCUUCCUUGACACAUCUAAGUUUAGGAGACCUUAAAUCAUUAUUUUUGGAAGCAUCUAAAGGUUUUGAUUGAUAUUUUUCUAAAUAAAGACAGAAAGAGAAUGUGGUUUGUCUUUUAUUGAUUAAAAACCUUUCUUGCUAAGGCACAUGCAUUAACCCUGCAGAAACACUAUGGGUGAUAUAAGAAGACAUAGCAAACUGCAGUUUUCCUUCUCCUCCUAAGGUCUGGGUGUGUAAGGAAGUGCUUGGCUUUGAUAAAGUUGCAAGAAGAGAAGAUGAAAUUACAUCAGAGCCAGCCUGGCUUAAGAACACGGUGCCAGGCCCAGCAGGAUUAAACUGUCAAUAAAAUGACAAAAUGGCUAAUGUGAGAUGAAAAUAAAAUUUUACUAUGAGAAACUUUUUUGUGCAACAGAAAUUGAGGGAUCUGAGGUGAGAUUUGUCUGUGGUUCUCUGUAACUCAGCCACCUGCAGCCUUGUCUGGUUUUUUGCUCAGAUUCUCUGCUGAAAUGUUCGGAAAACAUGGACUGAAGCCAUGCAGUAAACAGAAAAAGAGUAAAAUGACAACAGAUAUUGCCAAAGGCUUGAUUCACAAUCCUGAGGUUGCUCAGUAAUUACAGUAUUUGUGAUAAUCUUUGAUCAUAGUUGAGAUCUGUGUUUUGUUCACACAGUUACCAAGCUCUGAAAGCCCUAUCUCUGCACAAACUAGCUGUUCAGCCCAAGUCCAAAACCAUUAUCUCAAAAGGCAAGAUUUUGUCCUGGAUUUAUAAGAGUCAACAGUUAGCAUGUCAUGACGUGUUUAUAUUUAUAUCUCAUCUGUUUAUUCUCCUGCCUUUCCCCCAGGCUUAAAUUUUAUCC